AUGUCUCCUCCCUUUCACAUUCUUCUCAUCCCAUCCGUGUGUUCCCCCUCUGAACCUCUCUACUGCCUGCAGCUAAUAACCAUGGCCUCUCAGCCCCACGUGAGGUAUGCGCGUGUCCCUAAUUCAGACUCCGACGCUGCUCCCGACUUCGCCGCAAGCGCAUCCGCCGCUCCUCCGUCGACCGCAGGAAGAGCGCGAGGCUCCAACGAUGCAGAUAUCCGCUUCGCUGGUCCGGACAUCCACAGGCGCGUCCCGAAGCGGUCGGUGCUGCUCGCGCUGUUCCUGCUGUUCCUGGGGUGCGCGUCGCUAGCAACGUUCUACCUCAUGCAGACGGGGCAGGUGGAGGCUGGCGCGCAGCAGAAGUGGACGUGCCUCGCCAUCGCCUUGCUCACGCUUAUGCCCGCCUUGCUCACGCUCAUGCCCGGUGAGCCUUGCUCACGCUCAUGCCCGGUGAGCCUUUCUCACGCCUGUCCACCAUCCUCACCUCUCCGUCGCUCUCUCGCCGUCAACUUUCUCUCGCGACAACCUCCCACCACUACUAGUAUGGCAUGCCUCUCUCGCUUGGCCUAA